AUGGAAACUGGAUUUCAAAAUAAUUUCUUGGAUAGUAAUAAAGAUACAGAAAUAAAAGCAUACUUGGCAUCGAAAGCUGACCCCAAGAAGUUAUCUCCAAAAAGGGACAUUUAUGAAAUAGAAUCAUCCCCAUGGGCUAUCGUGGAAAAUUUUAUUCCUGAGGGAUCCAUUUUCAGAGAUAUUUGGGAAUGCAAAUGUCAUUUUGAGCAAAAGGAGUGUUAUUUCAGGCAAUUUAUGAUGAACCAUGAAAACGUGCCCAUUUUUAUUCAACAUACUUUACUUACUCAAAAUGGAAAGAAAAUCUCUGAAUGUGAAAAAUGUAGAAAAAACUUUUAUCAUUUAUUCUUUUGUCAACACAAAAAUCAUUCUAAAGAACUUUCUGAAUGUAAGGAGUACACAGAAAUUAUUAAUCCCCCGUUCCUUAUUAAACAACAGAUAAUUCAAUAUGGUAACCAAUGCAAUGGAUGUAAGGAAUGCUGGAAGACCUKAAUUCAUUGUUCACAACUUAAAAAACAUUUGAGAAUUAAUAAUGGUGAAAAACGCUAAGAAUGUAGAGAAUGUGGAAAGGCUUUUAAUUAUGGCUCAGAACUAAUGUUACAUCAGAGAAUUCACAUUGGUGAGAAACCCUAUGAAUGUUAGGAAUGUAGGAAGGCCUUUAGACAGAGAUCACAACUGACUCAACAUCGGAGACUUCAUACUGGUGAGAAACACUAUGAAUGUGAGCAAUGUGAGAAAGCUUUUAUUCGUGGCUUUCAACUUACUGAACAUCUGCCAUUCCAUACUGGUGAGAAUCCUUAUGAAUAUAAAGAGUGUGGAAAGACUUUUAGGCAUCGCUCACACCUUACCAUACAUCAGAGAAUUCUUAUGGGUGAGAAAUCCUAUGAAUGCAGGGAAUGUGGGAAAGCCUUUAGCUAUUACUCAAGCUACUCUCACCAUCAGAAGAUUAAUUCUGGUCAGAAGCCUUAUGAAUGUAGUGAAUGUGGAAAGGCCUUUCAUAAUGGCUUAAAACUUAACCUACAUCAGCGAAUUCAUACUGGUGAGAAACCCUAUGAGUGUAAGGAAUGUGGGAAGACUUUUAGACAGUGUUCACACCUCAAAAGACAUCAACAAAUUCAUACUCAUGAGAAACCCCGUGAAUGUAUGAUAUGUGGUAAAACCUUUAGACUUCAUUCACACCUUAUUCAACAUCAGAGAAUUCACACUGGUGAAAAACCCUAUGAAUGUAAGGAAUGUGGGAAGACCUUUAGCUAUCACUCCAGCUUCUUGCAUCAUCAGAGAAUGCAUUCUGGAAAGAAACCUUAUGAAUGUGUCAAGGUCUUUAAUCAUGGCUUACAACUCAAUCUACAUCAGACACUUCAUACUGGCAAGAUACCAGUAAAGUUUCCUCUCCUCCCUCCACAUCCAAGUUUCACUUCAUAA